AUGCCAAAUAAUACUACAAUUACAGAUUAUAGUAAUUUGGUUGGUAGUUUUCGUGCAUAUAUAUGUCCAAUAAUUGCAAUUAUCGGUGUAAUAGGAAAUAGUUUUAUUGUAUUCAUAUUUUUAAAAGAAAAACAAUUAUCAAGAUUUUCAAUUUAUUCAAUCUUUUUAGCUAUUGCUAAUAUUAUUACAUUAAUUAUGAAUACAUUUAUUGAUGACUUUCUUGGACGUGGUCUAUAUUAUGCAACAAAUCAUCAAUUCUAUUUUAAAUUAGAUACAAUUUCAACGUUUUGGUGUAAAAGUGUUGAAUAUAUAUCGAAUGCUAUGUACUUUACAUCAUCUUAUUUAAUUGUGAUUUUUUCAAUUGACCGUCUAUUAACUAUUCAUAAACCGAUUAAAUUCUAUUCUAUAUAUCAUAAACGUUGGGCUUUAAUUGCAUGCAUUCUUGUAUAUUCAAUGGGAAUAUUCAGUAAUUCACCAUUGUUAUUUGUACAAACUUUAAUGGUUGAUACAUCAAGUCGAACAAACUUUACUUGUAGAAUGAUUUCUGAACAUCCAGUAGCAAAAUUCACCAUAACAUUUGAAACAAUUGUCACGUUCACAAUACCAUUUUGUCUUGUACUAUUUUUAAAUGUUUUCAUUUGUAUUCAAUUAUGGAAAUUGAAAGUUAAUAGAACAGCUUUAUUACCAGCUGAUUCUUCACGGAAUCGUAUGGAAAUGGGACGAGUUUUUGGACAUUUAGCUUUGAGUACUGCAUUCUUAUUAUUGUAUUUACCGAUGGUAUGUUUUGUUUUAAUACGACUGAGUUUAACUUUAUCACAUGUGGAUAGGCAUAAACCGUAUGCAAUGUGUAUUAUUGAUUUGUCCAGACUUUUCUCAUCUGUUAAAGACAUUACUUAUGCAGUGAAUUUCUUCCUGUAUUUAAUAUUUUUGCGAAAUUUUAGACAUAGAUUUCAACGUUUAAUCUGUACAGUAUCUUGUGAAAAGGUGUCACCAAGACCAUUGCAUAGACCAGAGAACUGA